GUCCUUUCUUCACCGACACCGACACGUCAACAUCCCACGAUAAGCUCCAUUGAGCCCCCAAGACUCUGUCCCGUCGGAGCCCAUUUGCGAAUUAUCCCUAUCCAUCCUCGCCUCGUCAUACUCAGCCGUCGCCGACGCACACAUCGCCAUCAUGGGUCUCGCGUUUUCUAAGAUCUUCGACAAGCUCUGGGGGAAGAAGGAGAUGAGAAUUCUGAUGGUCGGACUCGACGCCGCCGGAAAGACCACUAUCCUCUACAAGCUUAAGCUCGGCGAGAUUGUCACGACUAUCCCUACCAUCGGAUUCAACGUCGAGACUGUCGAGUACAAGAACAUUCAGUUCACCGUGUGGGAUGUCGGUGGUCAGGACAAGAUCCGUCCUCUGUGGAGGCACUACUUCCAGAACACCCAGGGCAUCAUCUUCGUCGUCGACUCGAACGAUCGCGACCGUAUCGUCGAGGCUCGCGAGGAGCUCCAGCGCAUGCUGAACGAGGAUGAGCUUCGUGACGCCAUCCUUCUGGUCUUUGCCAACAAGCAGGAUCUUCCUAACGCCAUGAACGCUGCCGAGAUCACAGACAAGCUCGGCCUUCACAGCCUGAGACAACGCGCCUGGUACAUCCAGUCUACCUGCGCCACGUCUGGAGAUGGUCUUUACGAGGGUCUCGAGUGGCUCGCCACCACCCUGCGGAAGGCUGGUCACCAGUAGAUUUUCUACCCUUACCACCCCACGCAGUCAAGAAAAAGAGCCGCAUGAAAGCCUCUAGCACGCUCGCCCCUCGGCCCAUGAAAACAACCCCCUCCACCUCUCUCCGUGGCUCCGGAUGUUCUUUGUUUGCAAAGUUAUCAGUCACAACGCAGUCGAAUAGUCCAUAAACCAUCGAUCGCAUUUCUUCCUCUAAGGCUGUUUCGCUUCCGUUCGGUUCUUUCGUGGCGGUUACGCGGCCUUGCCCUCUCUCUCUGUCUCUCUGUUCCGUAAGCUGGUUGAUGCCAGUUAAUGCCCUCCCAUCCCCCCCUUUUCUCCUCGCCAGGUCGACAGCCUCAGAGGAAGAGAGGGCGGGCGGGCCACUCGUCAUUUUCUCCGCUUCUGAAAACGAAAAAACAUCAAAAGGUCGCACAGCUCGCGCACGCGCACGCUCACGCUCGCAUUCGCAUUUCUGGGUCUCGAUCUGGACGAUUGGGAGGGGGGGAGGCGUUUCUUUCAGGGCGGGGAUUUUCUGUACUGUCUUGUUCAGGCGUCCGUCCCAGAAACUGUUGCUUUUUAUUUU